ACGGCGAGCGGGCCGCGGGGCGGGGCUGCGGGACACCCCGGGAGACGGGGGGAUACACCGGGAUACGGCGGGGCACCGGCACCCGGCACCGCGCCGCGCCGUCAGAGAUCGGCACCGACCUGACCUGACCCGACUCGGGCCGGGCCACCGCAGCUCGGCGUCUGACACCGGCACCUCCCCGCAGGGCCGCGCUCCCGCUUUCGCCGGUCCGUGCCCGGGCCCGGUGCCCCGCGGUGUGAGGGAAGCGGGCCCGGCACCGCACGGAGCCAUGGCCAUCGCGGCCGUGCCCGACGCCGAGUCCCGGCUCUGCGGCAACUGCAAAAAAGAUAUUCCUGCAGUCAAUUUCAUCAUCCAUGAAAUCCACUGUAGAAGAAAUAUUGAAAUAUGCCCCUACUGCAGCGACUCCAUCCCAAAGUCUGAGAUGAAGAACCACAUUGAGUCUGAACAUGUGCAGGUCACCUGCAAGUGUAGGAUGAAGAUGGAAAACAGCCUCCUGAAGGAUCAUGAGGCAUCCUCGUGCCCGCUGCGGCCCGUGCUGUGCCAGUUCUGCGACAUCCAGCUGGCCUUCAACAAGCUGCAGGAGCACGAGCUGUACUGCGGGGCCAGGACGGAGCCCUGCGCGCGCUGCGGCCGCCACGUGCUGCGCAGGGAGCUCCAGCAGCACCCCCGGCUCUGCGGGGCCCGGGGCAGCGCGGCCGGGGGCGGCAGCACUGAGCACGGAGCUCCCGGGAGCCGGCACGGAGCAGGGGAUGAGCUAGAGAGAACUGAAAUCCUUCAUUCCCAACUUCCUGAAGACUGGAAUGAUGACCUGGACUAUGUGUUGGCUCUCAGCCUGCAAAGUGAGAAUAAUCCUCACCAUAACACUGCAGGUGACUUUCCCAGGGAUUUCUGGGAAUAUGACUACACCAAGGAGCCUGGACAAUCUGCCCAUCUUGGUGGAGCAGACCUGUCCAACAUCUUCUGGGACUCUCCAGGGUCCUUUAGCACAUCAAACCCCAGCAAAACAGACAAGGAGAUGAUCAUGUUGCCCUGUGAGUUCUGUGAGGAGCUGUGUCCUGCUGAAGAUCUGAUCCUUCACCAGACAGGGUGUAACCCAGCAAGUGCCUUUGCCUCGUUCAGUAAGAGGAGUUCUUCUCCAAAUCCAUGGGAAUACAGUGGUCUGAGAGCUGGGGGGUCCAGCAGCCACAGGAGUGUCCCUUCAUCCCAGCCCCAAGCUGUCCAGGCAGAAGGAGACAUCAUGAUUCCAUGUGAAUUCUGUGGCAUCCAGCUGGAAGAGGAGAUUCUCUUCCAUCACCAGCACCACUGUGACCUGCGCCCUGCCAGCCCCACGGGUGACAUUGCAGCCCAGCCCCACCGGGACCGACGGGAGUCGCCGCGGCGACGGAUCCGGCACCAAGGAGAUGUUUCUCCUUGGCACGCAGAAGGCUUUGGGAAGCUGGGGCUGUGCCCUGCUGCAGGGAGCAGGCUGAGGACAGAGGUGGCCAAGGCUGGGAAUGCAGCGCUGUCCCCUCCAGGGAGAGCAGGUGGAGGCAAGCCCAGGAAGGGGCAUGGCAGCGAGGGGACAGCGAAGGACAGAGGUGACUCUGCAGCUGGGACAGCACCCCGGGCACGAGCUGCUCACUUCCAGGCAGAUUGCUUCACUUCCAGCUCCUCCAGAGCUUCUCCAGUCCAGCCAAGCUCCAGCACCGUGGGAGGGAGGAGCCUGGGGCUGGCAGAAGGGCGCAGUGGCCUCCGGCGCCGCGGCUCCAAGGCCAAAGCCCAGAGCCCAGCAGCUGGACACCCAGAGGAGUGAGCCAGAGCCUGUGGAAAUCAUGGAGAGCUCAGCCCUGUUCCCAGGCCCUGCCAGACUCGUUGGGCCAAGCACAAGCAACUUCUAAUGCUGAGCUUCAAUUUUUAGGCAGUGACCAAUUUCUAAAUCUCUCUUUUUAAUCUUUGAGAGCAAACUUCAGUUUUUUAUGUCUCUGUUCACCUUGAGCACCUCCCCCCUCCCCAAAGCAUCAAAUUGAGUCUUACCUUGACCCCACCUGAGUUGUGUGUCCGUGUGGGCUCCUUGUGCCACCCCGAGCUCUGGGUGUGUCCUGCCACAGGCACAGCUGGUGACACCAACAGGGAGCACUUGGUGCUCUGAUCUGUCCCACACCGAGCAGGGUUGAGGGUUGGGGCUCCAAGGCUUCUCAGUGCUGCAUUUUCAAGUUAAAGAGCUUUUUAAGUUCCUUGGAAUAAAAUUUCUCUGAUGCUGUCCCAAA